GAAGUACUGUCAAACAUAAGCAUGGCCUCUCGGAUCGUAUGAUGAAAUACAAGCACUUCGCCUUAGACUCUAACUAACUCAUUAGAAAAACUCAAGUCAAAAUGUACAAUAAAUAUUUGGUAAGUACUAUCGAACUACUAACUCCUUUUUCUGUUGGAUAACUUGAGUUAGCACCUAACGAGUUUCUGAGCGUCAUGCUUUAUCGUUCAGUUGUGCAAAUCAUUACUUGGUGGGAUCUAGUGAUUUGCUUAACGAUGACGUUACAAAAUUUCAAUUUGUGCGAACCCUUGACGAAGCAUUUUGUACAUUCGAUGCGUUUCAUUACUAUUGUGAUUUGAAGCUGGAUGAGGGUAGUAUGGAUUAAGAAAUAGGAGGAACGCGGAGUUAACGCUUGUUGAUAUGUAGCACUUAGGCAGAUGAAACAAGUAUCCCUGAGCCUUAAUAAAGAGGUAAAAGCUGAUAAGAAUUUGCCUAUUUCGAGCGCUCAGAGUUUUAGAAACCCCUGAUUUUUCUAUUUCAAAGGGUAUUGUUGGGCCAAGGACUAAUUUGAAUAUACAUGCAAGAAUGUAUAAGGAUCUGAAUUCAUGAAAGUUGAGCGAUAAUAAUUCAGGCCCUACGGUGCAGAAUCCAGGUCUAUCGAGAUUGAAUGGACCAGUGUGAACCAAAGAAAUUAUGAUCAGUGUAUUUUGUUGGAAGGAUGAGAUGUUUCCAAUUAUUUACAUACUCUUUCAAACCUGCAUGAUUAUGUGAUCCGUUUCUAGUACGCUUUCUGUUUAUUCAUCAGGAUUCUUGAAUAACAUAGUACUUGUUACCGGCACUCCAUUUGUAACUUUAAGCUUAGCAAAAAUGUAAAAACCCACAACUUUACAGAUGAAAACAUGUUCAGUCUACUUUUAACAUAUAUUGAGUUUAAUGCAGUCUUUUAACUGCGUUCCAGAACUUUAUCGGUAGCCAAGCUAGGAAUUGAUGAGUAGAAAUUUGAAUCGUUGUCUAAUAAUGAUGUGAAACAUUAUCCUAAGCGAGGUAAUUCACUUCUUCAUAUAAAUCCCAUAUCCAGUACACUAUAUGAAGCAAGCGAAUGUAUUUGUAUAGAUGAUUUCUGAUGAACUCAUUGCUUCUUCUCAUUGACUUAAAAUGAAUUCUAUUAUCUGCAGCAAUUCUAAAUCAAUGUAGUGGGUUCUUUCCAAUUGUAAGUUUCUAACUAAUCGUCUUCUCCAAUCGAAUACUUAACUAAUUCAAUCUGAAUAGCCAAUAAUUCUUAUUUCCUGUACUUUCUUUUGAUAUUUAAGGGUCACUAGUUCAAGCUAAUAGUUAUGAUAACGGAAAUCAGGUCAUUUACCCAGACACAAUAAGUUAUUACAUUUUUGUAGGAGGGUUCGAUAUGAAAAAAAGAUCAGGACUUGUGUUGGAUGCUGCGUCACUGGAAAAGUAUCAAAAAGAUAUUCAAUCGUAUCAAAUUAAAAGCAAUAAUUCCUUGCAAUUGCGGGCUUUCUGUUUGAAUGAAUCAGGGCUAUUUACAAAGGAUGGUCACCAGUUGCAUGGUACUGUACGUAAGGAUGACAUUGAUUUUUCAACCAAACGUAGUAUAGGCCGCGGGGCCAGUGGCGAUGUCUUCUUCGCACGUCAUAAAGACGGCACACCAAUAGCAUUGAAGCGAAUUCCUAUAUCGUCGAAAACACAUCGUGAUGAAAUAGAUAGGGAACUUCAAUUCUUUAACACACGGGUUGAUUGUCCUUUUGUUGUGAAGAACUAUGGAGCCUACUGGGAUGCAGAAGAUGGAGCGAUUGUUAUUCCAAUGGAAUGGAUGGCUUGCACUGUGAAAGACCUCGGUUUUUUUUGGGAAGGCCUUGAAGAGUCUAUUCUCCAAAGUAUAUUUUUUCAAGUGGUAUCGGGCCUUCAUUAUCUCCAUGAUAAAAAGAGGGUUAUUCAUAGAGAUAUUAAACCAAGUAAUUUGCUUAUCAGCAGUCAAGGUCACGUGAAGAUAGCUGAUUUUGGUGUUUCGAAGUUUAUGCAGACGUUGGAUGUUUCCUCUACUUAUGUCGGCACUAUGUACUUUAUGGCCCCUGAAAGACUAGAGCAAGGAGCCUAUGGAUUCAGCAGUGAUGUAUGGUCAUUGGGUCUCACCAUGGUGGCCACCAUAACUGGGAAAAAUCCAUGGGCGCCUCCUGAAGAGAUGAACCUUUUUGAACUUCUCAAAAAAAUUUCUGGUGACACUGUACCAACAUUGCCAAAGAAGCCAGCUUAUUCGGAUGCAGCACAGGAUUUUAUCAAAUUAUGUUUAACACGUGAUCCAAACCUACGACCAACGUGUGCAGAGCUUUUAAAGCAUCCUUUUCUGAAGGACAUGACAGUCGAAGUGGCCAUCGAAAAUGUCAGGUUAGCAGUUGAAUACAUGUCAUGUUUAAUUAGCAGUGAUGCCAAAAAAAACAAGCACGUACAGAGGUCGCAGGAGUCUUUACAGAGGGAUAUGGAUGCCAAAUUGGAUAAGCUAAUAUCUUAG